AUGUCUACAACACAUCUAUUCAAUACUCUCAACAAUAGUGCUAACAGAUAUCGUCACACUAGUCCUCAUUCCAUCAUGAUGAUGUCAACUAACAAUAUUCUGCAUUCGUCUCCUUCCACACUUUCGAAUAAUACCUUUCCAAUAACCAAAGUGAUUAAAAACAAUGCAGUACCACAUACACAGCAAUCCAAGAUAACAAAGCCAUCCAAAACUAAAAAGGCAACCUAUUUGGAAGGUUUCGACACUGUUUCUUUCACUGCCAAUCAAUCAAUGUUUGGCGUUACUAGAAAACGAAAGAGUAAACCAAUCGAAUAUGAACAAGUUUUGAAUUUUGGUUGUAUUGCUCCUCCUUCCAGUGAGAAUAGUGUCAUUCCACGAAAGAUGAGACAAUCUCUUGAUAAUUAUUCAAGCGUUUCGUCCACUUCUUCCACAACGACGUCAAAUGAAAGAACGAGUCCAAGAAUUGUGAGAACUUCCAUUAGUAUUCGAGAAUUGUUGAAUUGAGUUGUUCAAUUCUCAAUUAUAUUGUAAAUAUUUCCCUUUGUAAAUAUGAUGUAAAUACUAUUAGAGAGAGAUUGUAGUAGCUUUCACAUUAAGUUGUGAAUUUUUUGCUAUUCGAAUAAAAACUAAAUUAUUUUCCUAG